CUGAGGCGAGGGGCUGCGGGCGGGCGCCGGGGCCACACAAAAGCGGUGCGCGGCGGCGCCUUUCCCGCCGCCCGUGAGGCGGCAGCCGCCCUCCGCCGCCCCCCCCCCCCCCCUCAGCCCUUCGCCCCGCCGUCCGAGCGCGGGGCCGGGCGGUGAUGGAGCUGCCGGUGCCGCCGCCUCAGGAGCAGCAGCAGCCGCCGCCGCCGCGCCCUCGCUCCCACACGGUCACCACCACCAGCAGCUCCUUCACCGCCAACUUGUCGGCCAGCUCCAGCACCCUCGCCUACGACAGGGAGUUCCUGCGGACCCUGCCCGGGCUCCUCAUGGUGACCGAGAUCGUAUUGGGGCUGCUGGUGUGGACCCUGAUAGCUGGAACAGAAUACUUUCUAUACCCAGCUUUUGGCUGGGUGAUGUUUGUAGCUGUGUUUUACUGGGUUCUCACCGUCUUCUUUCUGAUCAUCUACAUGACAAUGACCUACACCAGGAUCCCCCAGGUGCCAUGGACCACGGUGGGUCUGUGUUUUAAUGGCAGUGCCUUCAUUUUGUACCUCAUUGCUGCCAUUGUAGAUGCAUCUUCAGUUACCAAAGAACUGGACAGUCACAAUUACAACAGCUGGGCAGCUUCUUCAUUCUUUGCCUUCGUGGUUACCUCCUGCUAUGCUGGAAAUACGUAUUUUAGCUUUAUAUCUUGGCGAUCACGAACUUUGCAGUAAAUAUUUUGUUAAAAUGAAUUCUGUACUAUAAAAUAUCUUGAGGAUUAUGCUCUUUUGACAAAAGCUUGGAAGAGGGAUGAGGUCUUUUUGAACAUUUCUGUUAGAAUUGACAAUAUAUUUUAAGCGGAGAUUAAAUAAUUAUUUAUAAUACAAUUCCAUCUUUAGAGACAUCUAACACAGACUUUGUACUGUAUAAUAAAAUUUUGUACUGCUUCUUUUAGAGUUAACAUAGUAUUUUUCUAGAUAUUGUAUAGAUGUUAUUACUAAACCUUUAAUAAAUCUUACUCAGACAAUGUGCCAAUCUUGUAAAUGUAACUUUUAAAACAUUACAGGUAUGCUUUUGAUAUUGAAUGCUACAAAUUAAAAUUUAUACUGUCUCGCUAUUAUAUAUUAAAAGCGACAUUGUGCAGAAAAACCCCACCAAAAACUUUAAAAAUAAAUAAAUGAGUGAACUGUG